AUGUCAACCUCUUGCGAACAUGUUGGUAUAUCUGAACCUUCUCCUGUUUCACCUUUCCUUGAUCCUGACUUUUACGAGGGUUUGCCGUCCGACUCAAUCAGCUUAUCAAUCAAAGGUUGUGCACCUCCCCCUGAAAAGCAGAAGAAUCAACUUAAAUUGGCGAAAAAGUCACUUUCUCUUGAAGAUAGGCAAUCGCUUGAGAGGAAUGAUGAUUCCUCAACUGCUGGUCUGUCUUUAUCCGAGUCCGACUCUGGCCGGAAAGAUCAUCUACAGAUUCAGAUUACUGAAAAUCGUCCCGAAACCCUACCUGAUUAUAUCCAGGGGGGCUUAGCCAGCGACCCCGAUUAUAUACUGUGGAUGCCUCCUUCAGGUAAGCUAUUCGUCUAUUUGAUACUUGUAAUAUUUUUAAGAAACCAAAUGGCUCAUCAAUGCUAUGGCAAACUUAAUAAACAUGUUUGCUGCUUUAAUCGUUAUACUGACCAGUAA